CUGCUGGCCCGGCGGGCAGGAGCCGGCAAGAUGGCGGCGCAGGCGCUGGCGCUGCUGAGGGAGGUGGCUCGGUUGGAAGCGCCCCUGGAGGAGCUGCGUGCGCUGCAAUCGGUGAUACAGGCUGUGCCGCUUAACGAGCUUCGAGAGCAAGCGGCGGAGCUGCGCCUGGGCCCGCUUUUCUCCCUGCUUAACGAGAACCAUCGGGAACAGACUACUUUGUGUGUAUCCAUUCUGGAGAGAUUGCUUCAAGCUGUGGAACCAGUUCACGUGGCUAGGAACCUCAAGGUUGACCUACAAAGGGGACUUAAUCACCCUGAUGAUUCUGUUAAAAUUCUCACUCUGUCCCAGAUUGGAAGAAUUGUUGAAAAUUCUGAUGCUGUUACUGAGAUUCUAAAUAAUGCUGAUCUACUAAAACAAAUUGUGUAUUGCAUUGGUGGAGAGAAUCUAUCUGUAGCUAAAGCGGCUAUCAAAUCCCUGUCAAGAAUAUCACUAACUCAAGCUGGACUUGAGGCUUUAUUUGAAAGCAAUCUGCUGGAUGAUUUGAAAAAUGUAAUGAAAACAAAUGAUAUUGUUCGAUACAGGGUGUAUGAGCUAAUUGUGGAGAUUUCUUCUGUGUCAUCAGAAUCUUUAAACUAUUGUACCACAAGUGGAUUGGUAACCCAGCUUCUGAGAGAGCUGACUGGUGAGGAUGUGCUAGUCAGAGCCACUUGUAUAGAGAUGGUGACAUCUCUAGCAUAUACCCAUCAUGGACGACAAUACCUUGCUCAAGAAGGAGUAAUUGACCAGAUUUCUAACAUAAUUGUUGGGGCAGAUUCUGACCCUUUCUCUAGCUUCUAUUUGCCAGGAUUUGUGAAAUUUUUUGGAAACCUGGCUGUCAUGGAUAGUCCUCAACAGAUCUGUGAGCGUUAUCCUGUCUUUGUGGAAAAGGUGUUUGAAAUGAUAGAAAGUCAGGACCCCACCAUGAUUGGCGUAGCUGUAGACACAAUUGGAAUCUUGGGAUCCAAUGUUGAAGGCAAACAGGUUUUACAGAAAACAGGAACUCGCUUUGAACGCCUGCUCAUGAGGAUUGGACAUCAAGCAAAAAAUGCCUCCACAGAGCUAAAAAUCAGAUGUUUGGAAGCAGUUUCAUCUCUUCUAUAUUUACCACCUGAGCAGCAGACUGAUGAUCUCCUGAGGAUGACAGAAUCUUGGUUUUCCUCUUUAUCCCGUGACUCACUGGACCUCUUUCGUGGUAUCAGUAAUCAACCCUUCCCUGAACUACACUGUGCUGCCUUAAAAGUGUUCACGGCCAUUGCAAACCAACCCUGGGCUCAGAAACUUAUGUUUAACAGUCCGGGUUUUGUAGAAUAUCUGGUGGACCGGUCUGUGGAGCAUGAUAAAGCUUCCAAGGAUGCCAAAUAUGAACUGGUGAAAGCACUUGCCAAUUCCAAGACAAUUGCAGAAAUCUUUGGGAACCCAAAUUAUUUGAGACUGAGAACUUACCUGAGUGAAGGUCCAUACUAUGUGAAACCUGUGGCUACAACAGCUGUAGAAGGAGCUGAUUGAUUUCUUCAAGAGUCUAAUACAGAGGACCAUGUUUCAACUAGAACUUCUAAGGCAUUUGACUCCAUCUGUAUUUUCUAAAAGAGGGAGUCCCCCAACCUGCUCCAGCAGAACUAUCAUGAAGUAUCUAAUGGAACUUUAUUGCCAACGUUAUGUUUCUACAUUGAAGUACAAUAUGGAACAGGAAUUUGGAAUACAUUAAGAGCAAGCAGAGGUGGUCAUAAAAGAAUGAGUGUUUUUCAGAUUCCUGAAGCUGCUUUAAUCUUUGCAGUAAGACAAAAUUUUGUUCUUUCAGAAAGUUUCCAUGGAUGUAGUCAUGGUCUUAUUUAAUAAUCUGCUUCAAAUAAAAUGAAACCAAAUUGUGACUUCUCUUCACCUUUUUAAGAAUUUUUUUUUAAUUUUUGUUUAUGAUUUUUCUUCUUUUGAUUCUUCUUUUAAAGUCUGGGAUAUUUCUUUGAAAAAUAAGUAGUUUGGAAUCCUCAAAUUAUGAUCUGUCUAAAUACUUUUAAUGAGAUCUCUUGACUUUUUUUGUUAUUCCUUUGAAAACUGACAAAGUAGAUCUCUAAAAAUAUGUGGUAUUCUGUUGAUGCUUUUUGCUAUUUAUCAGUGAAUUUUGUCCUGUGUUGGUUAUGGGGAAGGGAGAGUGAUAUUUAAAUAAUAAAGUUCUCUUAACUGCAGUUGGUUGUUGGUGGGUCAUCAUUGUUAAGGGACUUUUUGCUAUUGAUUUUUCAUAUUCAUCAAGUCAAUCUUGAGUUGAUCAGAAAGGGAAACUGACUUUUAACCACCAGAUCAGGAAGAAUAUGAGUAAAUUAGGAUGCCAUCUCAUUAAAUUUACAAAGGGCAAUCUUUCUUUUCAGUGAUGGAAAUUAUACCUACCUGUUUUACAGUGUCUUCUAAACAAAACACUCUGCAUGUCAGUUCACCUGUCCAGAGGUUUCGGCAUGAGUUUUUUGUAAAACAAAAGAGUAACAGCUUUGGAGUGGAGAGAUGUGUUUAUAUUCUAGAUCAUGGUGAAGUUGGUAAACCAUCCUUGCUCUAUAACAAAAUGAUUCUCAGUGACUAGAAUCCUCUGGUUCCAGAUUAAUAAUCUCCUUCACCAUCUCUGGUAUAAGUUUUCUUUUUCUGUGUUUUCAAACUGCCUAUUUCUACUGUUAGUAUCACUAAUUAGACUCUAGCCAGGUCUUUCCUGGCCUGAAAUAUUGUCUUUAAAGUGAUUUUUGCUUUGUCUCAUUCAUGUUGUUUAUUUGUUCCUCAUUUUUUCAUUGUAGUAAAAUAUGCAUAAUAAAUAUAUGUAUAUGACCUGCUAAAUAAAGUUUACUAUCAGCCA